ACCCUUCCCAAACAGACUGCUCCUUGGUCGUGAACUUAAAUGUGAAUCUACCUCACUUUGGCUUUGGCUUGUGAUACAAUGUUGUUGUUCUGCACGCGCAGACAUGGAGUCUGAGCCUGAUGGCGCCAUGAUUAGACAGUGUGACCUGGUGGGGACCUUUUUUUUCCUUUAUUUUUACCUUCCCUGUCUGGGCCCUUGUGCACGCAGCAGAAUAAAAAGCGCGUGGGUGCACUUGCGUUAGACGAGGAUGAGCAUUCUGCGUCAAAGUGCACCAGAUAGUGGGCAACUGACUGACAUGUAUUAUUAUUAUUAUUAUUAUUAUUAUUAUUAUUAGUGCAAUCAAGCAUUAUCAGUGUGCAAGGAAUAUUUCGAGACAGCAUCAGAGCAUCAGGUUUUAUGCACACUGCGCACACUGUGCAUCUUGUUAAUGCGUAAGAUGUCACGCAUGCAGGAAGGAACAGGUGACACGCAGGACGGAGGUUAAAAAGCGAUGGAAGUUCUGGCAUGAAUUCUAAUUAAUGCAUAAAUAAUGAAAGUGUGCGCACGAGACACGCGCAGCUUAAAGUCCUCAAAGUAUUACACUGUUGCAAGGUCGCGUGUAUAAAUAGAGCGCGCGCGCGGCUCGUGCGUUUUCACUUCUGCACUACCACGGACAUGCAGCGGGACUUUGGAGAGCGACACACCCCUGCUAAGGAUUUCUUCAUGUGGCAUGACUAUCUGGGUCUCAGAGCCAUGGUGGCCCGGCUGGCACGCGCAGGUGACGUCCCCCGGCUCCAGUCUUCGUCAGAAGGCGCGUGGCCGGCGCACGAGGAGCGCUCCUGGUGCCCUGACGUCACCCCGGGAACUUCCGGGAGCAGUGGCCGCUCUCCGGGAAGCCAGGGAGGCGUCGGGCAGAACUCGGAGAAAGCUGUGUGCGGCUUCUGCAAGCAGAACGGAGAGAGCGCGGAGAUCUACGCGAGCCACCGGCUGAAAGCGCGCAACGGCCGCGUGCUGUGUCCCGUGCUGAGGAACUACGUGUGUCCGAUCUGCGGCGCCACCGGGGACGCGGCGCACACACGUCACUACUGCCCCGCGCGCGCGCUCGCGCACACCCGCUCUGACGUCAUCGCCCCUGCAGUGGGCUCGCGGUACCUGAAGUGUACAACCCUCCUUAACCAUGUUUCUGUUCAGCCCAGCUCUGACAUGGACAUGUAAAGUAGUUUACGCUGGACAUGCCAAAUAUUUCACUUUUAAGCGUUUAAACAUUUGUUAAUGUUUAAAUAUUGAUGAUAAAUGAUAGUGAAAUAGUUUUAUUAUUAUUUUUAUUUAUUUAUUUUAGUUUUAUUGUGCUUUCAAAUGAUAGUAAAAUAGUUAUUAUUAUUAUUAUUAUUAUUAUUUAGUUUUAUUGUGCUUUCAAAUGUUGUAUAAAGUUAUGGAAAGGUUGAUAUUUGUGUAUAUUUUUUUAUUUGUAUUUUUUUUUAACCCUAUUUGUAUUGUAAAUACACCUUUAUUAUCUUUAUUAUCCUUUUUAAAAAAAAUUAUUUUUUUAAAAAUAACUGUACAAAAUACUUCGCAGUGAAACUAACAUGUUGGUUUUUGUACAGCUUUUUUUUUUUUCAAUAAAUGCUUCAGUGCAUUCUCUCUCUCUCAGGAUGUGUCUGAUAUAAUCUGCUUUACAGGAUGGACACCAGGAAGUGAUGUUUGUUCAGGAAAACAAACAAAACAAAACAAACAAACAUAGCCUACUGACUUCUCUUACUUCACUAUUAAAACUCAUAUAAGUCUACACGAUUAAAUGAUAGCCUUCUUAUAAUGAAUGUUCUAGUAUUUUUGUACUUACUUUUCUCGAGGGGAAAAGUAAUGCUUCCACCAUUUUCUGUUCAUUAUAGUUUCAGGAGUUGCACCAGAUGUCCACA